AGGGGAAUUAGUUUUAUAUGUAGUAAUCUCUGUGAGAUGGGAACACCACCAGCAGUCAUCGAUGCGGAUCAGCUUCAGCUAGAUCCCGAGAUUUUGUUUCUACUAAACUACGCAGUCUUUGUGAUGAUUUGGAGAUUCCAUUUCAAGCCUCUAUGCUUUAGUAAGGUUUUCUCCUAUCAUAAUCUUAAGAUAGAGUAUGGGCACCAUGGUGGUACAAGAGUGUGCACGAAUCAACAGGUUUCUCAUCUCCAAAGAAGUAUCCUCGAUGACUCGGUAUGGGAAGGACUUCAGAUUUACAAGGGAAAGAUAUUCAAGCUUGAGGAACAUCUAGAUCGGCUGUUUGAUUCAGCAAAAUCUCUGGCUUUCGAAAAUGUUCCAACGUGUAAAAAGGUUAAAGAAGCAAUCUUCAGAACUCCCAUAACCAAUGGUAUGUUUGACAAUACUCAUAUCAGGUUGUCUCUGACUCGAGGUAAAAAGGUAACUUCUGGAAUGAGCCCUGCAUUUAAUCGAUAUGGAUGUACUCUUACGGUGCUUGUCGAAUGGAAGCCUCUGGUCUAUGAAAAUGACAGUGGAAUUGUGCUGGUGACUGCAACCACGCGCCGAGACUCGCCAUUAUGCUUGACAAGGAUGGUUAUGUGUCUGAAACCAAUGCAACCAACGUUGUAUGGACAACAUGAACUAUGGCAGAACUCAUAAGUGAACUAAGCCGGGAACCUUCACAACCCUUUGAUGAAAUUUUUCCCCUUCUUGUGAUUGUAAUUUUCGUAAGGUCUUACCCUUCUUGGGGAUUCUUUCACUUACUAGGCUUUGGUGUAUAGCUUUUUCUUGAUGAUGGUUGUGUCUAUCUGCUCUUUAUUUUUUUGACAGUUUCCUUGGAAAUAUAGGUUCAGUGGCUUGAAACAUUUUGGAGAUGGAUAUGGUAGACAGAGAAAAUACUGACCAGAGUGUUCUCCAUGAUCAGGUCACUGAUUUACGGCAAUGAUUUUGUCUUAUAAUGUAAGCUAGCACCUAUAGGAUAUUUGUGUUAAGAUUUUUCUGGUGUUGCUUUUUCUGCAAGUUCGUGUGGGUUUAACUCAGAAUCAAUUCAUAAUAGAGGUGAGACCUGUAU